AUGCCCCCUACUCCUAAAUGGAAAGGAAAGGCUCUCGUGACUCCACGACGGGGAUCCGUCGAUCCACCUCCCCCGAUACAAUUCAGUCCUAGAGUCCUUGCCCAGGUCCAAAAGGUGGACGGCGGGGAGAUAUUCAAAACGGAAAUCCAACCUCUACUCGAGUCAGCGAGCGAGAAGAAAAUAAAUUUUUCACAACUUUCGACCUCUAGCCAGCAGACUUUCAAAGAGUCCGCUAAACGAUAUCAAAACGAAGAGAUCGAUAGAGAUGAGCACGAAGAAAAUAUCCGCCCGGAGUUGAAACGGUUACUCACGAGCUACCUCGAGGCAUUAGAUGCCGACUGCGAGUCUGCAAGGCACCACAUGCAAAUACUCAACAACCUCCACCAUCGUGGGGUUCUCGACCUCUCGCAGGCUGAAGUCAAGAAUGAGACCGCCCGAUUUGACCAAAAAAUCCUAGAUUUACAGCAGAAUACGGUCGUUCUACGGGAUGAACUUAGCACUCUCGUCGGAAUAUGGAUAGAUACGUAUAUACGCUUCGAGCGCCAAAGUACAUCCGACUUGGCGUAUAUCGAUUCUCUUCUAGCUCGGAUGAGGACUCCAUCACGAGCGAACCUGAGUCUCUUCAAGCUAAGAGACGUCAACGAACAGCACCGGUUCCGCACGACUGCUAUCAAGGCGUACGGAGCCGAUUGCCCUAGCAACCCCGAUUUGAUCUGGUGCUGCAUUAGCGGCGGGUUCAAAAACGCCAGUGUUGUCGUGGCGGCGCAUAUUGUCCCCUACAAGAUUGGGGAGGUCCAGGCCAGCUACAUAUUUGGCGAGCAAAGAGGCCCACCGGGGCAUAUUAUGUCCCCAGGGAACUGCCUACUUAUGGGUAUCGAACUGGAAAUCGCUUUUAACGAUGGUCGCUUCGCUAUCGUCCCCGGUCAGGGACCUUACGAGUUGAAAGUCCUUGUCCUUGGAGAUCCACGCGGCGACUCUACGCUGGAGGAAAUUGAUGGGAAGGUACUGCAGUUUCAGACCGAGUUCCGCCCAGCAAAGCGCUAUCUCUACUUCGCCUUCGUCGUUUCCCUACUCCGCAUGCAGAGAUGCGAAGUUCCGGGGUGGUGGCAAACUAUUCUCGCCAGCCAGGAUAUUAAGCCCUUUACGAGCCCGGGGGAGUACCUUCGAACUAGCACCCUCUUUACGAUGGCUCAACGUAUCGGUAAUAUGGUGCCCACAGACGCGACGGAGUUUAUUAACAACGGACUCCCGCAUCCCCGUCCCUCUACGGAGGGCCCGAGAGAUCGAUUAGCUGCUGACUACGUUUCGGUGGCUUCAAGCUCGCGUCAAGAAGAAGAUAAUGACGACGACGACCCAUUUGUUGCGAAGGGAAUACGGUCUAGAGUCAUGUUUGGUGCUCUCACGGUCGAGGACCAUAGCGAGGAUACGGGUGACGAAGAAGGAGAGGACGACGAAAGGAAUGAGGGGCGCGAAGAAGGAGAGGAGGAUUAA